AGCCACGAGCAGCUGUGCCGUCCAUCCAGCCGGGAACAACCCGUGUCCUGUCCCCGCUGCCUCUGCCGGUCUGCUUCUGGGGGAAAAAAAUCUCCCGCGGACCCGUCUCCCACCCUAGCAUGGGAUGGGCGAGCCCUGCGAGAGCGGUGACUCCUCGCCGGCCGCUGGCAUGAAAGAAGGAGCGGACCGGGAGUCCUGGGAAGCCCCGCUGGGUUUCCUGGAGGGCGCUCAGAUGGACAACAGGAGCAACGUGUCCUUCCUGCAGUUGCUCAAGAACAUCAACCUGGAGCGAGCUGACGGGAUGCAGGGAGACAACUCUGACGUGGUGCGGAUUGUCAUCUCGCUGGUGUACUCCGUGGUGUGUGCCCUGGGGCUGGUGGGCAACCUGCUGGUGCUCUACCUGAUGAAAAGCAAGCAAGGCUGGAGAAAAUCCUCCAUCAACCUCUUUGUGACCAGCCUGGCAGUGACUGACUUCCAGUUUGUGCUGACUUUGCCAUUCUGGGCAGUGGAGAACGCACUAGACUUCAACUGGCUCUUUGGCAAGGCAAUGUGUAAGAUUGUCUCAUAUGUGACAGCCAUGAAUAUGUACGCCAGCGUAUUCUUUCUCACUGCCAUGAGUGUGGCUCGAUACCGCUCUGUGGCUUCAGCCUUGAAGAAUCAGCGUCGAGGAGACCCCCUGGGUGGCUGCUGCUCUGCCAAGUGGCUUUGUGCACUCAUCUGGCUGUUAGCCGUCCUGGCUUCCCUGCCCCAUGCCAUUUUUUCCACUACUGCCACUGUCUUUGAUGAUGUUCUCUGCCUUGUCAAGUUCCCAGAGGGCCGAGGCAGCAAUGGCCAGUUCUGGCUGGGUCUGUACCACAUCCAGAAGGUGCUGCUGGGCUUUGUGGUGCCGCUGGUCAUCAUUUGUCUCUGCUACUUGCUCCUGGUCCGCUUCAUCACUGGCAAGCACGUUGGCAGCACUUGCAGUGGCCCCAGCACCAAGCGCCGCUCCAAAGUGACUCGGUCAGUGUCCAUCGUGGUGUUGUCUUUCUUCUUAUGCUGGCUGCCUAAUCAAGCACUUACAACGUGGGGGAUACUCAUCAAACUCAACGUGGUGCACUUCAGCAAUGAGUACUUCCUCUCCCAAGUGUACCUCUUCCCCAUCAGCGUGUGCCUGGCACACUCCAACAGCUGCCUCAAUCCCAUCCUCUACUGCCUCAUGCGCAGGGAGUUUCGCAAGGCACUGAAGAGCCUCCUCUGGAAGAUCACCUCACCUUCCCUCACCACCAUGCGCCCUUUCACUGACACCACCAAGCCUGAGAAGGAGGAGCAGGCCCUGCAUGCCUUGGUGCCUGUGCCUGUCCACCCUGUCACUGCUGCUUCCCCUGCUGCCGCCAUCCAGCCGGAGGUGGCCUAUUACCCUCCCGGGGUGGUGAUGUACAGCAGCCGCUGUGACCUGCUGCCUGCCAACUCCAUGGAGCAUCGCUGCUGAGACCGGCAGGGGGCUGUAGGGGGUGGGACUGUGGGCUCUGGGAAAAGUGUGGCCCUGGGAUAUUGAACGCCUUGCCAGGGACGAGGGGAGGAGGGAUGGGUGAAGGAGGACUUCCGUGUGAGAGAUGCUCUUCUGCGGCUGUGUCUGCCCUUAGAUGCUUGAUGAAAACACGCCCCAACCUGGAAAAGAGGAGCAGAAGGUGAGGUGUCUCUAGGAGAUGCCUUUUAGUGCUUGUACAUUUUCUGGGUCACAGAAAACUGGGGAGGGUGAUGGUUACUCCAGCUAGGGAAGACACAGGACUUGUAAAGUACCACAGGAAGUAGAGUGGCUGCGUGGAGUGGAGUGAGGCUGGGAGGCCUUGACUGUGUCCCCCCGAGUUGGAACUGUAAGCAGCAAGAGGCCAGCAGCCCUCCCACCCCGUGUGUUUGUCUGUGGCAGGGA